AUGUGGAAAUCGAUCGUUAACGAUUCAGCACGAAUCUUUCAUUUGUCGAUUAGAAUGUCAAUGUGUGACGGUUUAUCAAUUCAUAGUGGUUCUUGUCGCUGUAUUACAUCUGUCGAAAGUGCAUACACAUACGUGUAG